AUGAAGAUGAUGGUCAUGGAGUUUCGGGGGGUCACCUUUCUCUUUCGGAGUGGGUUUCCGCUCCUGGGUACCGGCACCGCCCCCGCCAAUUUCUGCUCAAUCAAUGACGCCUCCUCGACGAAAGAGCCCAAGACGGUCAGGAGUACACUCGCAAACGGCAUUUCAUCAACGGGCCCUGGUCCGAACAAAUCAGGGGGAAAUGAACCGGAACCAGAUUCGCGAUGUGCGCCUGACACUUUGAAUGAACCCAAAAGCGACCGAGUGGACUCCCUCUGUCUUGGUAUCAAGCGCAUAUACCGUAAUGGGUUUCAUGCAAAGAAACAUCUGGCAGUUGAAGUCAGCGCAAAUGGGCGCAGUGUGUUGCCCACCCAAGCUUGGGAUCGUCAAGACCCCAAGAUCGGGCCUCCCGGCCAUUCGCUGGGCGAUGAAAGGUUUCAUUCUCAGGAGCGGCAUGACACUAAAACAUACGAUGAGGAUAGCAGUACAAGAGCCCACAGGGCAUGCAGUCUUGUUAGUACAAGCCUCGGAAUUGCAGAAGACACGAAGGAAAGGUGGGUAGAGCGCAGGCUCGAUCGACCUGGCAUGAGUUCGGGUCUACUCGUUUACUACCGAGAUUUUAGUGGCAACGUGCCUCUACAACCUGGAUGGCAUCUCUACAAGAUGCGUCAGAUGAUGGUCACCACCCUUCACAGAUUGUCAUCUGCCACGGUCCAAAGAUCGAACAGGAUGGAUCUUCCCCAUGCUCAUCAGGCUUUCAGCGUGGACAUGGACGCACGCUCCAAAGAUGCCCUGAUUGGCUUUAGACGACAUGCAGCCGCGGAAGCAUCGACAUGUCAUGUGAAGAGAGGCUGCCUGGGAUAG